GAAGAUUAUCGUGCAUCCAUCGCACAAAGGCAGCUGUUGGAUGACGUCAGUUUUAUUCUGACAAAUAAAUGUUAUAAACAUUGUGAAAAGUACUUCUAAAUUCACGAAAUAAAUAGUUUUUGUGCAUUUCUUUUAUUAAUUAAAAGCACUUUAGCCAUGGGUGAUGAUAUACUUGCAACAUUUAAGAUUCUCAUAAUAGGGGAAAGUGGUGUGGGAAAAUCAAGUUUAUUGUUGCGAUUUGUUGAGGAUAAUUUUGAUGCUGACCAAUCCAUAACGAUAGGCGUUGACUUUAAAACAAAGAUCGUCAAUAUCGAUGGGGUAAAUGUGAAGCUGGCUAUUUGGGAUACAGCUGGACAAGAGAGAUUUCGCACAUUAACACCAAGUUAUUACCGUGACGCCCAAGGUGCCAUCCUUGUCUAUGAUGUCACAAAGAAGAAUACCUUUCAGAAAUUGGAAUUGUGGCUCAAUGAGCUAGAAAUCUAUGGUACUCGCCCCAAUAUGGCUAAGAUGGUGGUUGGGAAUAAAAUAGAUCAACCAAAUCGUGAUUUGAGUCGCGAUGAUGGUUUCAAAUUCGCCAAAAAGCACAGAACGCUAUUUGUUGAGACAUCCGCAAAGACAAGUGAGGGUGUGAGGUCAGCAUUUGAAGAAGUUGUUCGCAAGAUUAUGGAGACGGAUGGGCUGUGGGAGAGGAAUCCAGCAAGUGAUACUGUAAAUCUGAGCAGUGAUGAUAGAUCACAGUCAUUCUGUACGAGCUACUGUUCAUUGCUAUAAGAGUUUCGCAUGCUCAGGAAGUACCACGGAUAACGACAAGUGUGGGGGUGUGUUGACACUUUGUCCCUAUGAAAGGAAAAAGCAUUAAUAUUUCAGCGCAGUAUCACAAAAGUUGGUGUAAUUUUUCAAGGGAAACAUCUUCAUUUAUUUUACCUCCGGUUCUACAUUAUUUAUGCAAUUAACAUGAGAUUCAUUUAUACACGAUGGUGUGUAGUCGAAAGGUAAAAGAGUCAACAAGAUUGUACACACACAUACACCUGCAUAAUUAAUUCAAUAAUAUUAAUUAAUUAUGGUGUCUCCUGGAUGUUGCCUUUCUGCACAAAAGCACCAAAUGCGAAUCACAUUUAUAGAGAGAGAGUAUGGAAAGGAUGUACGAGGUAAUGAGAGAAACGAAGGUGAAUUCUAUUUCCAUAGCAUGGAAUCUUUUACUGAAAAUAGCAAAAAGGGGUCUAUAAAUAUAAAUUGUGUAAAUAAAUUUUAUAUUUGGAAUGUAUAACAAUUUACUCUCAUCAAAAUCACUUUUCUUCAAAUUCUCCUGAAAUGGAUGAUGUUUAAAAUAUUCAGAGAUUUUUGUGGAAAGUUUCAUACCAAUGAUUGAGAGAGAAAAUAUCGAAUAAAAUGUAUAAAAGUAAAAUUUUAUUCAGACCA